AUGGACGGCAUCGACACGCACUACGAGGGCCCCUUCGAGAGCGGGCGCUACGAGGGCGAGGGCGUCUACACCUACCCCGACGGGACGCGCUUCGAGGGCAGCUUCCACAACGGCGCCUUCCACGGCAAGGGGAAGAUGAUCUUCGCCAACGGCGUCUUCAACGGCGUCUUCCGCGACGGCAAGGAGGUCGACGGCGAGUACGUCUUCAACGACGGGCUCAAGUACCAGGACAAGCACUGGUCCUACUCGACGCCCGCGGACCGCCGCUUCUACACGGAGCGCGAGGCCGGCGCGAUCCGCGCGGCCGGCGAGCUGCCGUACACGAACGCGCCGGGCCCCGAGCUGCCCCGCGACUGCUUCGACGUCGGCGAGGGCCACUACUACGACCCGCGGAGCGGCUCUGUCCACGAGCUCGCGACGAAGAAGAAGCUCCGCGUGCCCUCGGAGCGCGAGCGGCGCUGGAUCGAGGAGCGGUGCCGGACGUCCCAGUAG